AUGAAAGCCAUCCAGAUCAACCAGUACGUCAAGACGUAUUCAGAGCUGCGGCCCAUCGAGGUACCUGCUCCAACACCAGAGGGCGAUCAAGUGCUCGUGACCAUCACGCACAGCGCCCUGAACCACGUGGACCUCCUGUACAGCCGAGGCGCGCACCAGAACAACCACAUCGGCCUGGUCAAGCCGCCGUUCGUUCUGGGGCUGGAGUUCGCGGGCGUCGUGGCACGGGCGCCUGCCGCGAGCGGGUUCAAGGCCGGCGACCUCGUCUGGGGCGCCGACGUCGGCGGGUUCGCCGAGCAGAUUGCCGUGAAGCCGUCGGCGCUGCAGCGGUUGCCCGCGGGUUGGACGCUGCGCGACGCCGCGGGCGUGGGUGCCGCCACGGCGCCGGUGAGUUAUGGCGCCCUGGUGCGCGUCGCCGAGGUCAAGCCCGGGCAGAUUGUGCUGGUGCACGCCGCCGCGGGCGGACUGGGCGUGGUCGCGGUGCAGAUUGCCCACGCUCUCGGCGCCAAAGUCAUCGGCACGGUCGGCAGCGAGGACAAGGCCCAGGUGGUGAGGAGACUGCCAGGGGUCCUGGGUGUGGUCAGAUACGACAGGGACGGGUGGGAGAAGGACGUGCUCCAGCUGACGGGGAAUGUCGGGGUCGACUCGGUCUACGACACCGUCGGCCUGGUGGAGAAGAGCAUCCGAUGUCUAAAAUUUGGAGGAAAAAUCGUCAUUGCUGGAUUCGCGGGUCGGGGCGGCAAGAUGGAGACCCUGGCCAUGAACAGAGUGCUACUCAAGGGCGUCAAGUUAUUGGGUUAUAGAUUCGGUGAAACAGGGAGACGCAAUCCCAAAGAGAACCAAGAGAUAUGGAGAGGGUUGAAUGAGAUGGUCCAACGAGGGCAGAUCAAGCCCGUCAUCUACGGGACAUACGCGGGCCUAGAAAGCGUCCCGGGGGCGCUGGAUGACCUCGCGGCCCGCAAGGUCUGGGGCAAGGCCAUUGUGGAGAUACAGACGCCACCGUCGUCCAAGUCACCCGCCAAGUUAUGA